CUUCUCCCAUACACCUCUUUGAUACACCUCACUCACAACUUCGAUACCAUGGAUGAUCCUCGGGCUCUUAUUCAACAGGCCGAGAAGCUCGUGUCUAAGGGCAGCGGCGGCUGGAGCCUGUUUGGCGGCUCGGACGAGAAGUUCUGGGAUGCUGCCCGAUUAUUCAAGGAGGCAGCUCAGGCAUACCAGAUGAAGGGAGAGAAUAUCCUAGCCGGCAAGACACACGAAAGAGCGGCCGAAGUACGAGAGAAGAACCUCAAGGAACUCACCGAUGCUGCCGACAGCUACGUCAAUGCCUCUGACGCCUACCGAAAAGAAGAUCCCGAUGCGGCGAUCCGAUGCCGAGAAAAGGCCUUUGCCUUGAUCCAGCAGUCCACCAGCGAGAACAAGGCGAAUAGAUUGUCGAGAAUCAAAGAAAAUCUCGGUCAGAUUUACGAGGUUGAGAAAGAUGACAAGAAGAAGGCGCGCGAGGCCUACAAGGAGGCUGCUGACCGCAUACGCCCGGAGAGAGAGCUGAAUGCCAACAAGCUAUUAACCCAAUAUGCCGACCUCGCCGCUCUGGACGAGGAUUACUACGCCGCCAUCGAAUCCUACGACUCCAUCAUCAAGACCAUGCUCGGCAACGGCUCCAUGAAAUGGAGUCUCUCGACUUACUGCUUCAAGGCAUGCAUCUGCCAUCUGGCUACCGGCGACAUGGUCGGCACCCGCCGUGCCCUCGAGUCCUACCAGCAAAAGGAUGGCGAAUUCUCCUCCCAGUACAAGUACAAGCUGAUCGCCGACCUGUGCGACGCCAUUGACGAACACAGCCAGGAUAAGUUCACUGAGCUGCUGUUCCAGUUUGAUCGCACGAGCAGGCUGGAGCCCUGGAUGACCGCCAUUCUGGUCAAGGUCAAGAAUUCGAUUGAGGCUCCAGAUGAUGAGUUUGCGUAAAGAACAGAAAGAUAAAAUAAAUGCAAACGGAAAGGGAUUGGGGGUCGAUGGAAUACAAGAGGAUGAUGUGCUACUGAGUGAAAUUAGGAUGCAAAGGGGUCUAUUUCUUUUCUUGGGCACUGUCUGGUUCAUCGGAAUGUAAACGUUGUUGCUGUUUUGUCAGCCGUCAGGCAAAUGAGAGUGUUACAGUGUUACACAUGCUAGGGUGGUUGAUUAUUGGCAUAUUCUUCAUCACGUCGGCUUCGAAAUGAAAACAGGCUUCACUUGGCGGCGUGUUUCAAUGUAGGUCACUACACAUAGGCCAAGCAGUCGGGCUCAUCACUUUUCGAAAGACUAUUCCAUAUCCAUAUCAUAUAUUCAUAUCUUGAUUCGUAACGGCUAAAAUUAAUAUACACGCUGUAACGCAUAAUUGUGGUAGGUAUCCCUCCCCAGUGGCUGCUUCAUAUAUCCCACUGAUUCUAUUGGCAAUUUUUCAAUCUCCCAUCUGCCAUCUUCAAUCUGUAAUCCCAGUCCAUCCACUUAUUAUGACUGCCAGGUAUCCUCCUUAACCACCUGGGUAACACAGGCCACCGCAGGAACAGUGUAGGUGUGGUUGGGGUCACUCUCCCAGGUCACGGAGCCAUCCGAGCCCACGUUGAUGUACUUGUACUGGACGACUUCUCCGGCCGCGAGGUUAAUCGAUCCAAGCCACAGAGGAUGGUUAGAAGCGUAGUUGACGGCAUUAAGAGCCACGGCUGCGUUCGUGCUCCAGUUGCCCAGCUCGGGAACGCUGCCAACGACCUUGAUCGUCUGGCCAAACUGCGUCGUGGCAAGCUCGUGGAAAGUGACGGCAACGGAGGUCGGGGUAGCGCAGGGAAUAGGUGUGAAGGGAGUACCAGAAGGAACGCCAGGCUUAGGGGUCUGCGAUGGUGGGAAUGACGUGGCUGUGGGACGCGAGUACGAUCCAACCACAGACGCUCCGGAGCAGGAUGAAGGGACAGUGUUAGCGCCGCUGCUGGCCCACGAUGAGGGAACAAUGCCAGCCCGACGGUCCGCGGCUGUCAGGAAAGAGGCGUACGACCAGGUCAGGU